AUGAAACUCUCAUCAAUUUUGACUGCUUUAACCACUGUCGUUUCUACAGCUUUAGCUAAAAACAUUGUCUUAACCAAUGAUGACGGUUGGGCUUCAACUGAAAUCAGAGCCACUUAUAGAUCUUUAACUCAAGCCGGUCAUAAUGUUUACUUGGUCGCUCCAUUAGAACAAAGAUCUGGAUUCGGUGGUCAAUUCGUCUUUUCAUUCACAAACACCUUACUACAUGAUGAUCAAUUCCAUUUCAAAAAAGCUGGUGACCCAGCUUGGGGUCAUGAACCAAAUGAUGAUCAUAUUUGGUACUUUAAUGCUACCCCAGCUGCUUGUGUCGGUUUUGCUUUUGAUUAUUUAUUGCCAACAUACUUUUCAAAUGUCUCAAUUGAUUUGAUUGUCUCUGGUGUUAAUCAAGGUUUGAACUUGGAUGAUUCUAUGUUUACCAUCUCUGGUACUAUUGGUGCUACUUAUAAUGCCAUUUACAGAGGUCAUUCUGCUAUUGCCUUCUCCGGUUCUACUUCAAACAACUCAUUCUACAAGGAUUCAUUGAAUGAAGAUCCAAAUGACCCAGCAAACAUUUAUGCUUCAAAAGUUGUUGAGUUAACUUCAAAAGUCUUUGAAAGUCAAGGUGAAAAUGAAAGAGCUUUACCUCUUGGUGUUGGUCUUAACGUCAACUUUCCAAAAGUUACCACAUUAACUAAAGAUAAUAGUUGUUCAAACCCACCAUUUGUCUUUUCAAGAUUGACUGGUAAAGAUGUCGCCAUUUCAGCUCUUAAAUUCAAUGAAACUACAGGUUUGUUCGAAUAUUCGUCAAUUAAACAUGGUACUGAUGCUACUGCUACUAGAUAUAAUGGUAUUUUAAGUUUACCAAAUGAAAACUCAGUCAUCAAUACAGGCUGCUAUACUCCCGUCAGUGCCUUCUCUAUUGAUUACACUGCUCCAAUCGAACAAUCAAACGAAGUUCAUGGUUUAAUUUCUGACCUUUUGGUUGAAUUAUGA